AUGGGCUGGUUUUCUAGUAAAAAAAAGCCUACGGUUACUGCCCAAGACAAGGCGAUUCUCGACCUUAAACUGCAGAGGGAUAAGCUGAGACAGUACCAGAAGCAGCUAGAAGGAGUCAGGGCGCGUGAGCAUGAACUGGCCAAAGAGUGCCUGGCCAAGGGCAAUAAAAAGCGGGCACUAAUUUUUUUGAAAAAGAAACGGUACCAGGAACAAAUGCUGGAGCGUACAGAAGAGCAGCUGGCUUCUCUUCAAGAAUUGGCCACUAGCAUUGAGUUUGCUCUCGUGAGUGCCGAUGUGCUGCGCGGGCUGGAGCAAGGAAACAAGGUGCUUAAGGAGCUGAACGCUGAAAUGUCCCUCAGCAAAAUCGAGCAGAUUAUGGACGAAACCAGCGAAGGCAUUGCCCAUCAAGAGCGGAUUUCUGCAAUGCUUUCUGAGCGUAUGACCGACGUCGACGAGGACGAGAUCCAGCUGGAGCUGGAGGCACUAGAGGCCGAAACGGCGCCAAACCUGCCGUCAUUGCCCCAGGUUCCUAGUAAAGCGCCCCCGGCCGUCUCCCAUGUGCCCCAGAUUGAACAAGAAACCGAGCAGGACGCUGAACAAGAGACAGAAGUGCAUGAGCCUAUGCUCGCAUGA